AUGGCGGACAUCGAGAGCCGCCAGGACCAGUCGGACAAGACCAUCAAACUCCUGGCCGAACAUGUCUCGUCGCUCCAGGAGGCGAUCGAGGUUGCGAACAAGCUGCCUGUCGACCUCGCCAUCAUCAAAGCGCAUGCUGGCGGCCUGGUCACGCUGGACACGGCCGCGGAGGCACUCACCAAGUGGACCACCGAGUGCGGGAUCGACGGGUUCCAUUUCCAUGUUCAUGGCCAAGACACCUCGCGUUUCUCCACGAUUCAGUUCGCAGGCCUCCCUGGCCCAGCUUCGCGCCGCGUGCAGAAGGCGCUGAACAGAUUGCGCAACCGCGACGGCAGCUGGGCCCUCACCCGCGCGCCCGCGAUCGCAGGCAGCGGAUCCGUCGAGCUCCGCGUCGGCCCCGACAAGUCGCCCAGACUGAUCAAGCCAGAGAUCGUCGGCAAGCGUGUUAGGCAGGCUCGCGAGAGGGCGUUCCCGAACCACACUUGGAGGGUCGACCGUGCCAAGGGUUGGGUCUCGGCCGCCCUGGACGCGACGAGGGCGAUCAUCCUCGGCGUCCAAGAGGCCACCGCGGUGACGUUGGUGGCGGGGGUGCCGCAGUCUUCCUUGCAGGCCUUCAGGCUGAGAGCGAAACCCCCCAUACCUGGCCGCGCGCUGCGCACCGCCUUCCAAGCCGACGACCAGAAGCUGAUCUUCUACAACAUCCACAAUUACGGGAUCAACAACGCAGCGACCAGGCGCAUCUCGAUGAGGACCCUGAACGACCAGCGUCUCGCGAAGGCCGACCCCAGCAGGGUUCUCCUGUUCGUCCUCGGGGACUUCAGCUUCGCUGCCGUCGGGAAGUUGAAGCCCACUGAGCCCUCCUCCAGAACCUCCUCUGAGGCCGCGGAGACGUCCAAAGCGUCGGCACGCAAGUGGCGCGGAGCGCUCGAACACCUGGUGGAGAUCGAAGGCAACGACACCACGCACUACUGCGCCGAGACCAUGACCGAAUUCACCAUCGACCGACGCUUUUGCUCCAUCACGCCGUCCCAGAUGAUGCAGUUGGCCGUCGCCUCCACCGCCUUCUCUACCCCCGAGGAGCUGUCUCGCCGUCGGGCCAGCGACCACGCUGCCGCCCUUGUAUCUUUCGCCAUGCGUGACCCCAAAGCUGAGAAGAACCAGCCCAUCGCCCCGUGCAGUAUCAAGUCCCCCAUCUUCAAGCAGAUCGCGGAGAAGGUGUUCAACCAUGCCGACCUCGACAAGCUGGUCGCUCGCUCGCUGCCUGCCUUCUUCGAGUCCACGCCAAAGCUCAGGACUUCCUGGACAUGUAGUGACCAGGUCAAGCUCGCCGACCCCGCCAAGUUCGAGGCCUUGCAGCGCAAGAUCCGGCUCUGGAGCCCCAUCAGCAAGCGCUUGGCGCUCACCGGUGUGAAGACGAGCGUCGGAGCUGUGACUGGACCGACCGAUGGGCCCCAGAAGCUCGUCGAGCAUUGGCAACCCGUCUCCCGGGGCAAGAACGUGGACAUCGAGAAGGCCGCCGACUACCUCGACCACUUCGCGCCCAAGAUCGGCGAGGAUCCAGAUGCCACGGAACACGUCGGCUGCCACCGUGACCCGUGCAAAGUGCGAGUUCUGGGGCUUCGGAACACUUCCCGCAAAAUCAGCAGCAGCGCGUUGACCGCUGCGAUGGCCACGGUGGCUGCCGACGUUGUUCCAGUUUCGCGGCGCGGGUUCAUCCACCACCCCAACUUCGGCCACAACAUUCUGGAGCUGGACGUCGAGAGCCGCAUCGCGUCCGCCGACCCCGAUGCCUUUGACGCGCUGCCCGCGCCAGCGUCGCCGGGCAUCGCGCGAGCUUUCCCGAGCCUCGCGCACGACAUCCUCGCGAUGGCCCCCUGCGCUGGCAGGUGCAUCCCGCUCUUCUACAUCCGCUCGGGCAUCGUCCAGGGCCGCGGGUGGAGCGGCGCGCUCUACGCGAUGGGCACUGCCUGCUUCCUCCUCGACCUCGAGGAGAAGCUCAAGCUCGGGGGCCUUGGGAUCUGCAGAGCCUGA